AUGGAUACGAAGUUUCGCACUAGUCAAAAAGACUAUCAAGUCGUCCACGUCGACUUCAAGCCUGAAAACAUAUUCCUUGGAGCUCCUGGAUCUCUAGGCAAAAACAACAGCUUCCCCGCUUAUCCUCCGGUUUAUCUUGGCGACUUUGGGAAUGCACACAUC